AUGCAGGAUAAAGAAUACUCUUCAGCUUCAGGCUUCUCGAACACAAUCCCCCUGGUGUGCUCCAAUUAUUCCCUCCCUGUUUCAAAUAUCACAAUACAAGAACAAGAGAUUCAGUCUGAAGUCCUCUUGAAAGUGACCAUAGAUACACUCCUUGGCUGGAACAACACCCUGAGUGAGGCAGCAGCAGAUAUGGAUGAUCUGAAAUCAAUUCCUGGUGUUGGAGCUUUCAUAUCUAAUGUCAGAAAAAUAGCUGCAAAAUUCACAAGACUCACAAAUGUACUAAAAGAAGUCAAGUCAUUGCUCAAACUGGCUCGUCUUGAACUUGAGGAAGAUGAGGACAACCCUGCCUCAGCUGGACUUCCAUCAUUGCAUCUGCUAAAUAAUCCCUCUCGCCUUACCUUCUGUCAUGCCCUUCUUGGCUGUGUGAGUUAUGAUGCAGAAAAGAUUGCAAGUCAUGUGAAGGUCCUGAGGUGCAAAAUGAUCCGUGGAAAAUGCUAA